AUGGUUUCUAAAACCCUAAUGAUCAAGGCUCACAAAAGCCAGCCUAAUCACAUGUUCGACCACCGGGGGCUCUUUUCCUCUGCUAAGGAUGUUUGCUUUCUGGUGGUUCUCUUGUCUGCUAUUUUCGUUCUGGCUGCAUGCGAGCCGUGUGGAGUAAAAGAAGUGCAAAAUCAGUGCAAAUUCGAGGGGUGCCGGCCGUGCUUUGACUCUCCAGGUGUGACUGAUGGUUAUGUAGGUUCAGCAUCAGUGUUAAGAAAUCCAGUUAGGCAACAGUUUUCACAAAAUUUAUGUCAUCCUUCCGAUCUAUUUUGUUUCCCAUCAACGUUGUCUGUGUUUGAAGAUGACGAAAUUGGUGCUGAAUUGGAGGAAUUAGAUGCCUCCGAGCUUCAAUCUGAAGGUUUUUUAUCUGGGUUAAAGGGAAAACGUAAUCUGAAUCAGUUACCUUACCAAGGCAACUUUAGGUUCUUGUGUGGGAAAAAAGUUUCGUGUUAUUCUUACCAGGAAGAUGGUUUUCCGGAGUUGUCAUCUGGUGAAGCCAUACCAAAAAAUGGCCCAAGGACUGAUGUUUCUUCUUGUGUAAACCCUCUAUUGGACAAAAGGAUUGAGACCAAUGGGUCUUCAUUUAGCUUUGAAGAUGGCUUGCCCACACCACCUGUGGAAAUAAAACCUUCGGUGCUUAAUUGGGGGCACAGGAAUAUGUACCAUCCCUCCUUAGCCUAUUUAAAUGUGAAAAAUUUAGAUAAUGAUAAUAUUUUGAGAAUCUAUGGUCCUUCCAGUAGUGACCCCCAAUUUUACCCAUGCGAUUCAAGUGAUAUAUUGUUGGCUCCCGGGGAAAAUGCAUCAAUAUGUUUCGUUUUUCUCCCCACACAUCUGGGAUUAGCCUCAGCAAAAUUAAUCAUACAGACGAGUUUAGGUGGGUUUCUGAUUCAGGGGAAAGGCUUUUCUGUAGAGUCCCCUUAUCAGAUACAUCCUGAGGGUAGUCUUGACAUUUCCCCUGGUGGUAGGUGGAGAAAGAGUUUAUCUUUGUUCAACUCUCUUGAUGACACACUUCACGUGGAGGAGUUAACUGCUUGGAUAUCCAUUUCAUCAGGAAAUAAUACCUCCAAAUCGUCAAAAUCUAUUUGCCGUGCUCACCACAUGGAUUAUUCAAGUGACUACAAUGUGUUGAAUGCUAAAGACUGGUUGGCCGUAGAAAAAGGUGGAGAUGGUAAACCAUUAAUUGCAUUGAGGCCUUGUGAAAAUUGGGUUGUUGGUCCUAAAAGAACCGAGACAUUUGUGGAGUUAGAUAUUUCUGGCCGUUUUGAAGGGAAAAUUGUUGGGGCUCUCUGUAUGAAGCUGCUGAGAGCUCCAAACAGUGAGAUUGAAACUGUGGUGUUACCUCUUGAGGUAGAAAUGAGUCUCGAAAAAAAGACUGCUUUAAAAAAUACAGGUCUUGUUUCAUUAUCUCUGGAGACCUUAGCUCCAUGCAAAUGCAAUACUAGCAAGUCAGCUCGUGUUGCUUUGUCUGUUAGAAAUGAUGCCCCGUAUUCACUGAGGCUUACUAAGGUGAAUCGAGUAGGGGAGAGUAAAGCGAGUUUCGAAAUUAAAUCUCUCGAGGGAAUUAUUCUCUUCCCCAACACCACCACCCAAGUUGCUUUUGUUAAUUAUGCUACUAAUCUGGAAGUAGUUGACCCAAACUGCAAAAUAACUGUACUGGUCAAUGACACGAGUUUUUCUCAGAUGGAAAUCCCGUGCAGCGAUGUGAUUGGUGUUUGUUCUGGGUGUCUGUUAGAUUCCUCUGUUGGGUAUACUCAGAGGAUUAAUGUUGAUUAUGUUAAUGGCGGGGAGAGAUUCUUCAGCAGUGGCGUUCUACCGCAUUCUAGUAUCAAGGUAGAGAACACCAGAGAAUCAGAUGAACCGAUACUGAGGAACUGGAAAUCUCAAGCUACUACUGUGAGCUCACUCUCUAUUCUUGAUAAGAACAACAUACUCUUUCCAGUGGUUCUGGUCGGAAAUUAUUCUUCUCAAUGGAUAACUGUAAAAAACCCGAGCCAAAAACCGAUCGUGAUGCAGCUCAUUCUAAACUCUGUGGAAGUCGUCAACAAUUGCAGAAUACCCGAGAUACUUCUACAGCCAUCUUCAUCCAAUACUUUGGUGGGUAAUAAUUCUAUUGGCCCUACAAAGUAUGGUUUUUCUUUAGCCAAAGAUUCAAUGACUGAAGCGUUUAUUCAUCCGUAUGGUUUUGCUACUCUUGGCCCGAUCAUUUUCCAACCUUCCAAUAGAUGCGAAUGGAGAAGCUCGGCUCUAAUUAGAAAUAAUCUCUCUGGUGUAGAGUGGUUAUCUUUGCAAGCCUUUGGAGGCUCUCUGUCGUUAGUACUCCAUGAAGGGCAUGAUCGUCCUUUGCAGAGUUUAGAAUUUAAGUCGAAUUUGUCGAGUAGGCUGAAUUUUUCUUUUACUGGAGGAAAUUCUUCUUAUUAUUGUUCACGGUCCAUGACGAAAGAGGUAUUUGCCCAGAAUACGGGAGAUAUUCCUCUCGACGUUGUUCGAAUCAAAGUCUCGGGAGCAGAAUGUGGAUUGGAUGGAUUUGUUGUACAUAAUUGUGCUGGCUUUUCUCUUCAACCUGGUGAACAAGCAAGGCUUCACAUAUCUUACCAUACUGAUUUCACUGCAGCAACUGUACGAAGAGAUCUUGAACUGGUGUUGACAGCUGGCAUCUUAGUCGUACCUAUGGAAGCAAGUAUUGUACCCACAUGCUCGAUCGAUUUCUGUCGAAGAUCGAUAUUUUGGAUGCGGGUCAAGAAAGCAAUAGUCGUGUUAAUUUUUGUGGCUUCUUUACUAUAUUUCAUAGUUUCUCUCUUAUUUCCCCACAUGAAUACUACAGCUUCUGCACGCCAAGACUUUUUGAUCAGUAAAAAAAACUCGUUUUCCUCUAUGAUCCACAAGUGGAAUUCUUUGAAUGAAGAGGCAUUGCUUUUUGAAUGUUGUGAUGGCCUGAAUCCAUCUUCUGAGAUUUCGAGUCCUUCAUCGGUUUUGAACUUGCAUACAGAGGACAAAAUCGAGCCGUGUGAUCUGAGGGUUAGAGUUGGAAAGGAGAAAGGAAAAAGACGGAGGAAAAAGAAAAGCUCGGGUUUUGCUAUACUACUUUCCGAAGCAUCGAGCAGUCAAAGUGGCAAUUCUACCCCUUCAUCUCCUUUAUCACCAUCAGGUUCAUGCACAACACCAAAAAAAAAAGGUGAAAACCCUGUUAUCGAGGCUAAAAACCCGUUUUCUCAGCAAAGCAAUAGAAGUAAAGGCCCUGACAAUUCGUCUAAGGUCAAUAAGCUUGUGGAUACUGAACUUUCUUCAAAAUCGAAGCUCAACAAAAACUUUCAUGGCCUGUCAACGCAUGAGAAAUCGGGUUUGACGAAGAAAGUUGCUAGCAAAGCCUCACUUGUACCUUCUGCAGCUUUUCCGAGCGGUGGUAAUGGUGGUGAGACCCGUUCGUCUUUAUUGGCUUCGAAUUCACCUAUUGCUCCUCACUCUCGAGCUCCCGGGGCAAAACUGCAAAGUCAGCAAAAGGUUGAAGGUGAGGAGGAACAGAUUGGGAUGAAGCAGAAUUAUACUUAUGAUAUAUGGGGGAAUCAUCUGUUUGGGCAUCACUUGGAUUACCAGUCGAGAGAAGUAUCGAGUAAACCUUCUCCUUCGUCUUUUGCUGAAAAUGAUUCUGAUAGCUUCUUUGUAAGGGGCCCACAAACCCUCAUUAAGAACAACACUCUGCUGCAAUCUGUGAUUUCUGAUUUGAAGGGUAAUGAAUAA